AUGGCCGACGAAGAGCUGAACCUCUACGACGAGAUCGAAAUCGAAGACUGCUUCUAUGACGAGACGCUGCAGAUCUACCACCACCCGUGCCCAUGCGGCGACCGUUUUGAGAUCUCCAUCUAUGACAUGCGCGACGGAGAGGACAUUGCGCGCUGUCCCAGUUGUAGUCUGAUGAUACGAAUCAUCUUCGACCCGUCCGAUCUCCCACCAGAGAACGACGAUGCACCCAAGAGCGUCGCGAUCACCGCCUAA